UGUUAGAUUCGGGAGAAGGUCCGCCAUUAUUGGGAAGCAGAAAAAAAUAGACUUAUACUCCGCGUCACACAUUUAUCCUGCAAGGGGGUUAACGUGAGAAAGGAAAAGGCGCCGCUGCGCACUGAAAACUGCGCCUUUCGGCUUUAAAGAAAGAAAGAAACAAACAAAGAAAGAGAAAGGGAGAGAGAGCUGGGCGGUCGCGUUUCCUGCGGACUCUUAUUUUUGACACAACAAAGGAAAUAAUAAUUGGUCAAAACAACGUGGUGGUGAAGCAAGAAGCGAAAACACACCGAAACACCGCUUUCCGACGCCUCCCCCUCUUUUUUUCUCCUCGUUUCCAGGACUGGAGUUUGAGGAGGGUUUUUUUUUUCCUCGUCUGCUUUUCCUGAACAGAUUUUUACUUGUUUUUUCACACGGGGAGGGGAAAAGAGAAACAUCUAUGCAUUUCGGGACUGAAAACUUCAGACUUGUUAAGGCAGGGGAAGCAGUGGACAGACAGCCUGUUUGCUGACAGUAAAAGAGGAAAAUAGUCGAUGUGAGAGAUUGCGGGGAGUGUUUUUUAUUUUAUUUUUUAUUUUUUUUGGUCUGUUUUUUAAAGUCUUCUUUCUCCGGCUGUGGCUCGCACGGACAGAGGAAGAAAGGAGUGGACAAGAGCCGGAGAGAGACAGGAAUGAUAUGAGCCAGACUCCAGCCCAGUGAGGUCCUCUUGCAUGGAAACCCUGCUUCUCUGGCAGCCUCCUCCUCUCCCUAGUGCUAUCAGCCAGCAUGGCAGGAUGAGCCUCUGCCAGCGAUGAUGAUGGCCAAAAAGCAAGAUGUCCGGGCACCCACCUACAACCUGGUCGUGGUUGGGCUGUCCGGCACGGAGAAGGAGAAAGGCCAAUGUGGUGUGGGCAAGUCUUGCCUUUGUAACCGCUUUGUCCGGCCAAGCGCGGACGACUUCUACCUAGACCACACCUCCGUUCUGAGCACCAGUGACUUUGGAGGCCGUGUGGUGAACAAUGACCACUUCCUGUUCUGGGGAGAGGCUGGGAGGACGAUGGAGGAGGGACCUGAAUGUCGUAUGAAUGUGGUGGAGCAGACGGAGUUCAUCGAUGAUCAGACAUUCCAGCCGCACCGUAGCACGGCACUACAGCCUUACAUCAAGCGGGCAGCUUCCACGAAGCUGGCUUCGGCUGAAAAGCUGAUGUACUUUUGCACAGAUCAGCUCGGGCUAGAGCAGGACUUUGAGCAGAAACAGAUGCCUGAAGGCAAGCUCAUGGUGGAUGGCUUUUUACUCUGUGUGGACGUUAGCCGGGGUAUGAACCGUAGCUUUGAGGACCAGAUGAAGUUUGUCACCAACCUCUAUAACCAGCUAGCCAAAACAAAGAAGCCUGUGGUACUGGUUCUCACUAAAUGCGAUGAAGGAGUUGAGCGCUACAUUAAAGACUCACACACCUUUGCUCUAGCCAAGAAGAACCUACAGGUGGUAGAAACAUCAGCACGCUCUAAUGUCAAUGUUGAUCUAGCCUUUCUUACACUGGUUCAGCUAAUAGACAAGAGUAGGGGAAAGCCCAAGAUUAUCCCUUACUUUGAGGCACUGAAACAGCAGAGUCAACAGAUCGCCUCAGCCAAAGACCGCUAUGAGUGGCUGGUCAACCGAAUUGUGAAGAACCACAAUGAGACAUGGCCAGCUGUCAGUCGUCGCAUGCAGUCAGCCCCAGAAUACAAGGAUUAUGUUUUCCUUGAAGGAACACCUAAAGCCAAGAAGCUCUUCCAGCAGCAUGUGCAUAGACUCAAACAAGAGCAUAUAGAAAAGCGUAGGAAGGCCUAUCUCAGUACACUCCCACAAGCACUUUCUGUGCUGCUGCCAGAGUUGGAUGAGAUAGACCACCUGAGCUGGUCUGGAGUUCAGAAAGUCUUGGAGACAAAGAGAGAUUUCUCCCAGUGGUUUGUAGUGCUCGAUGAUACCCCUUGGGAAAUCACACCUCACAUCGAUAACAUGGAGGACGAUCGAAUCCCCCAGGACCUUCUUGAGACACCGCCAGCUGAAGCUAUCUAUGAGACCCACCUUGAACAGCUAAGAAAUGAUCGCAAACGGGCUGAGAUGAGGUGGGAGUUUAAAGAGAAGCUCAGUGUAUCUCCUUUCAUCACACCAGGGAAACCAUGGGAAGAGGCCCGGAGCUUUAUCAUGAAUGAAGAUUUCUACCAGUGGUUGGAUGAAGGAGAGUAUCUGGACAUCUACAAUAAACACCAGAAGGAAAUCAUUGACAGGGCCAAAGAGGACUUUCAAGAACUGCUCCUUGAGUACUCUGAGCUCUUUUAUGAGCUAGAAGUAGAUGCAAAACCAAGCAAAGAGAAAAUGGGAGCCAUUCAGGAGCUGUUGGGUGAGGAGCAAAGAUUCAAAGCUUUGCAGAAGCUGCAGGCAGAAAGAGAUGCUCUAGUACUGAAACAUAUCCACUUUGUCUAUCAUCCUACAAAGGACACCUGUCCAAACAGUCCCCACUGUGUGGAUAGUAAGAUAGAGCAGAUUCUGGCCUCCAAAUUCCCCACCCGCUACCCAUCAUCGGACAGUGCAAGACUGGAAGGAGGCAGGGCAGAGAGGAUAAAUCUUGUCAUCCUAGGAAAAGACGGGCUAGCCAGAGAGAUGGCAAAUGAGAUCAGAGCUUUGUGCACGAGUGAUGACCGGUACGUGUUAGACGGCAAGCUGUAUGAGUUAACUCUUCGUCCCAUUGAGGGAAAUGUACGCCUGCCAGUCAAUUCCUUCCAUACGCCAACCUUUACACCUCAUGGUUGUCUGUGUUUGUACAAUUCAAAGGAAUCACUCUCAUAUGUUGUUGAGAGUAUAGAGAAGCUCCGAGAGUCAACGAUCAGCAGAAGAGAAAGGGAAAACAGCUUAUCCCAACUCCCGCUGUCCCUCCUUCUGGUCACCAAGCGGGGGGUGGGGUCCAUAGGAGACAUUGGUGGUGAGACAGCUCAGACUCUGAUACAGCAAGGGCAGCAGGUGGCUGGAAAGCUGCAGAGUGCCUACCUAGACCCUGCUUCACCAGGAAUGGGUUAUGGCCGAAAUGUCAGCGAGAAGCAGAUCAGCCAGAUGCUGAAGGGCCUGUUAGAAACAAGGAGGAACAUUGGGAGCAGCUCCCCUCCUUUACCUCCACCAUCCUCCACCUUCAGAGAUUCUCAGUCACAGCCUGGGCUUGAGGCAGAUCUUAGAAUAGUCAUGUGCCUGAUGUGUGGAGACACAUAUGACCUAGACCAGCUCUUAGCUCCCUUCCUGUUGCCCCAACAUUGUCGUCCUGCCUCCAGCCUCAGCAGUGGUACCUCCGUUCUGCUGGAUCUCAAUAUCGGAGGUCAAAGGCAGAACGUAGAGCUGUCAUUGCUCUCCUUUCAUUCCUCAUUCUCCCUACGCAAGACUGGCCUGGUCCAUGGCUACAUUGCAGUUUACUCUGCUCGCCGCAAGGCCUCCAUGGAGACACUAUGCGCUUUCCUGUGUGAGGUGCAAGACAUCAUCCCAAUCCAGUUGCUUGCUGUUGCUGAGAGCCAGAUGGAGCUUUCAGACUCAGAGUCAGCCAAGGAGCAAGUCAGUCAGGGAGAGGAUCUGGCUCAUGAAAUAGAGGCCAGAUUCAACUCAGUGAUAUGUGGACAUGGUGGGGUAGUAGGAGGACUCCAUAAGAUCGACCUUUUCCAUCCCUUCUUUAAGGAGGUGAUAGAGAAGCGCACCAUUGUUGAGGCCACACACAUGUAUGACAACGUGGCCGAGGCUUGUACCAACGAAAGCAUCAGUCCUCGUUGUGGCUCUCCCAGUCCAGUCAACAUCCUGAUGGAUUCGGAGGAUGACAUUGACCCAUCGCCACCUUACUCCAACCCGAGAGAGGAUGGCAGUCUUGGCUCCCACCUCGGAGGUUUCAAGCUGCCUGAUCUGGAUUCAAGUGAUAACUUCUCUUCUGUCAUUUCUGAGCUCAGCACUUUUGAGAGCAAGCUGAACAACAAGAUUCCUCCCCAAGUGAAGCCCAAACCUGUCCGCAAGGUUAACCUCGGCCCCUACAUGGACCAGCAGGGAGGCACUAACCGCCGCUCCUUGCCCCAAGCCGUCACAUGGGCUCCAGGUAGCGAAGGUGGCUAUGAUCCCUCAGACUAUGCAGAGCCCAUGGAUGCGGUGAGCAAACCCCGACACACAGAAGAGGAGAAUAUUUACUCUGUCCCUCACGACAGCACACAGGGCAAAAUUAUCACCAUACGCAACGCCAACAAAGGUCAUGCCAAUGGGAGUGCUGCAGGGAACGGGUCGGACAGCGAGGCUGACAGCAGCUCACUGGAGCGCAGGAGAAAGCUGUCAGCCAUUGGGGUGAAGCCAAAACUUUACAGAGACAGAUCUAAAAGACUGGGAAAGUUUAGCAGUUUUCGGACAAGCUUUUCCAUCGGCAGCGACGAUGAGAUGGGUGGCGCGCCUAAGACUGGCCAGGAUGAGGGAGGAGCCCAAAAGGACAACUCCAUUGAGGAGAGUGAAGAUCCCAAAAGGAGGAAUAUUCUCAAGAGCCUGCGCAGAAAUGCAAAAAAACCACGACCUAAACCAAGGCAUUCCAUCUCCAAACCCAUUGAGAGCAACUACUUUGGCAUGCCACUUUCCACUGUGGUCAGUCCUGAGAGACCGAUCCCAGUCUUCAUUGAGAAGUGCAUCCGAUUCAUUGAAACGACAGGGUUGAGCACGGAGGGCAUCUACAGGGUCAGCGGGAACAAGGCAGAGAUGGAGAGCAUGCAGCGGCAAUUCGACCAAGACCACAACCUGGACCUGGUGGAGAAAGACUUCACCAUCAAUACAGUAGCGGGGGCCAUGAAGGCCUUCUUCUCCGAGCUGCCUGAGCCGCUGGUGCCCUACGCCAUGCAGGGAGAGCUGGUGGACGCCUUUAAGAUCAACGACAGGGAGCAGCGCUUCCAGACGAUGAAGGAUGUUCUGCGCCGCUUCCCCAAGGAGAAUUACGAGGUUUUCAAAUAUGUCAUCAGCCACUUGAACAAGGUGAGCCAGCAGAGCAAGUUGAACCUGAUGACCAGCGAGAAUCUGUCCAUCUGCUUCUGGCCGACGCUCAUGAGACCCGACUUCACCACCAUGGACGCCCUGACUGCCACCCGGACCUACCAGACAAUCAUCGAGGGCUUCAUCCACCAGUGUUCCUACUUCUUCUACAAUCAGCCCCUGGCGGACGGCCUCCCCGGCUCCCCCACCUCCACGCUCUCCAGCGGAGGAACGUCCGCCUACUCCUGCAUGGCCGGAGGCUACUCCUCCUCGCCGACUCCGUCCCCGACUCCCUACGUCCUCCCCGCCACCCCGCCCGUCAUCCCCCACUACGGCCCCCCCAUCCACCACCACCACCACCACCUCCAGCACCAGUCCCCGCCUCGCUCCCCGCCCCCCACCCCGCAGUCCCCGCUGCCGGCCCUGCUGCCGCCCUCGCUGCACCCGCACCACCCCCCGACGGAACAACACACGCUGUGAAGCAGGGAUCAAGGGAACGAGAGGCCGGUGCGAGCAGAUGGAUGACGGGAAUCAGCGACGCAAAGGUUCGGGACUCGGAGAUUUCAAAGUUUGGGAAUGGAACUGAAGGAGAAGAAGUAAGGACAGGAGGUCGGAAGUGAAUAUGGGAGAGACUGGGUGAGAUGCAGUAUGUACAGGGAGAAACCUACAUGUUUGGGAGAAGGAGGCCUCCUUCGAGCCUCUGUUGCUUUUAGAAGAAAAAAACAAAUGGACACACACAAGCCAGCGAAGGGGAACAGUGAAGAACCUCGGAACUGGCAGUAUGAUCUCUCUCCCUCCUCGACACUUUAUCCCUUUGUCUCUCGGUCUCACUCCUCGUUGCCCUGCCCUCCUUGCCUUAUAGCCGAUGUACACAAACACUAAUUGAGGAGCAAGGUGUUGCCAGUAAUUGUUAAAGGGACUCAGGGAGGGAUUAAAAAGUAAAGUGCAACAAGGGGCAGGGGGACUGUGCUAUAUUGGGAAUGCUUCAACACACACACACACACACACACUCACUCACGUACAGAGGCCAGUGUGCCUGCAACAGCCAUUUUCUUCAACCUCUUAGCUCCUAACUGAAUGGGGAAAAAAAAAAAUUGCUGCCCUCUGCACUUUUGUUUUUCUUUUUGUGUUUUUCGUUUUAAAACCAACUCACCUGCUGUAGCAGCCUGGAGGCGGCGGCCGGGAUGAAAUGGAGCAGAGAGAACGAGUCAAAGGACUUCGGCGAGAGACCCACCACUACUCACCCGGCUGGAUGUUCUGUCCCUCCGCGGUUCACAAAUACUUAUCUGUCAGUGGAGAAAACACACACACACUCACACUCACACUCACACACACACACACACACACACACACACGUGCAGGCAUGCAGGCAAAAUCAGUUUUAUUUGAAGCGCACAGGAAGAAAGAAAAAAAAAACAUCUCAACCAACUGGCUGUUCUGGGCAGCAGAUUGGACCAAAGGAUUAUGGGUGCUGUGACACCCUUGGCAUUUUGGGAAGGUUCCUCUCAUUCCCCCAGUUUGCACGGUCUGUCAUGGGAGUCAUCAGCCUCAUGCUCUGUUCCUGAAAACACAUUGAGGAUUAUUUAAAAUGGGAUUUUUCAUUUUUUGGAUUGGUCGAAAUUCAUAUUCUCUCAUUCUUGAUCAGUUUUGAUUUUAUCAUGUUGUUGCUGAUCGGAGAAAAUCUGUGAAGAAUCCAGGCCUCUGGCAGUCCAUCUGCAUGUUUGCACCUAUAUCCAUGCCUUUUUUUUUUUUUUUUUCAAGCCUGAAUUUCCGUAUAUAUUUGACAGAUAGAGGGAAUAAUUCCAGCAUCGGACCUUCACCUGUCAUGUUGCUUUUUUCACGCUGCGGUGGCUUCACCAGUGAGCUGCUGCUGCUGCAGUUUUCAUUGUGAGGAAGUGAGGACCUUGUUCAAAAAGCACUUUUCUGAGCACUUUGAAGGCACAUUUUAAAUUGGAGCUGCCUUGACAUGACAGCCACCUUUCACUUUUUUUUCCCCCGGUUGUCUUUCUCUCUCUCCCUUGUCUGCUUUCCUUCCGUCUUUCAGGGAGCACACCACUGACAUCUAGAGCAAGAAAUUGUUAGUGCAGCCAUAGAUUCAUUCCUGCAUGGGUGUAGCACCUCUUCCCUACUGUGUUUUUCACCCUCUUGACAUUUUCAUAUAUCGGUGCAAUCCUCAGCAUCAGUCUUCAUUUUCUGCCAUGUCAGAAUGAGUUUAGGUGUAGUGGAAUGAAUCAAAACAAAAAAAAAAAACCCCAGCAGUUUUAAACUAGGCACAAAUCAAAUGAGAUUAAUACAUCCUGACUGACCACCUGGAAUGUGGCCACAUGCUUUCUGGCAGACAUGCAGAUGUUUUUGAAAGAUUUCUUCGCUUGUCUUUUGUUAGUUUUCACAUCCCUGCGGACAUUAACUCGGCACUCAGCCGUUCCUUAAGGGGUUCAUUCCACUUCCCAGAAAAUCAUAAUGUAGUGGAAGGAAAUGAAGACGUAGUGACUGAGGCGCGAUGUAGCAUUACAGGGCAGAAAUAAGAGCUGGAAGCAAGACUCGAGCUUUGACAGGUGGGAGGCUUUUUUUUUUUUAUCCUUGGGAAUAAUUGGUUAACUGUUGCUCCGGGCCUUGGCAUGCUGUCCUCUUAGGACGCCGCGUCACACCUCUGGAACGAUGACUCAAACUCGAAAUAUAAUUUGUAAGACUAUAACCACUAUGGCAGACUCCCCCCGCGGUGGCUGUCAUGCCACCACAUCCCCUCGUCGUUCCCCGUCCGAGAGCGACGGCGAGCAGAACAGACAGUCCAUUCAUCCGUCUGCAUGACUUGAAUGAAGCAUCACUACAUUCCUCGGCCCGGCCUGCUGUUACCGUAGUAACCAGCGAGAUGGGGCUCGAGGAGAGCUGCUGGGUCCCAAAUCGAAUCGAAGCUGAUUUUAAAUAGUGUGUGUGAGAGAGAGAGAGAGAGAGAGAGAAAGAGAGAGAGAGUGACCAAUUUGGGAGUUUUUUUUUUAAGAGAGCGCUCGUAUGAACGUAGAUGUGUUAACGUUGAGCAGAUGCUCACUAAGGUCAGUUACCUUGUUCGACCCUGACUUGCACUCCUGCGUGUCUCUUCAGACUGUCCUCUACUAAAAGAGAGGAAAAAAAAAUCCUUUCAACCAAUCACUGAACUCCUACCUAUUACUACCUAUUUGCAUUGUGUGUGUGUGUGUGUGUGUGUGUGUCUGUCUGUGUGUGAGCGGGUGAGUUUGAGCUAACAUGGUAGCAAGCUGGGCUUGGCAGUCCGCCAGACACCAGCGUGAUCCAAACAAACGUGAAGGAGAGGAAUGCGGCUCUCCUUGCGGUCAUUACCCCACUGUGUAACCCUGUUAGCUCGUCCAGAUUACACACACUGAUCCUCAGAGAAAGUGUGAGAGAGAUGAGGGGGAGAGGGGGGGACGGACGGACGGACAGCAAACGGGUGAAUGGGAUCAUUAUUUGGGAGAUGGAGGGAGGAAGGAGGAGAGACCACUGGUACUUGUGUGUGAACGCCGGCCAGUGGCGUUCCCUGUGUAUAUCAAUGUGUUAAUACUGAACCGACUGUGAGGCAGCCAAAGACUGUGGAAACAAGAGAGCUGAGGGAGAGAUGGGAAGCAAAGUGACAAUUUAGAUGAACAGUUGAAUAAAAAUGUGACUUUGGUUCAGCGAUAUGUGGCUGCAAUGCUUUUGUUUAUUUCUUUGGUUCUUUUUAUUUGUCUUUUUUUUUUUCUUUUUUUUUUUGCAACAAUGGUGACAGAUGUCUGUUAAGUUAAAAUGAGAAACAAGCAAAACUAUAUUCAAAUGGUUGUUUAUUGGUAUGUUAGGGGGUCUAACACUUUGCCCUUUAGUCAGUGGUGAUAGAAAAAGUUUCUUUUCAUGUUUUAUUUUAAUAAAUAAAAAAAUACAAAGCUUUUUUUUUUUUUCCUUUU